ACGAUUAAUGAUGGUCUUCAGUCUGUGGAGAUCCUCCGUCCAUCCGGACAUGAACACCUGCUGAAGCUUAGAACUGAUCCAGAACCAGUUAAACACCAGUGCCGACCAUGAAACAUCUCAGACGGAGUGGAGCCACAGAGUGGGGGGGGGGAGCCGUAAGCAGAGAUCCAUCAGGAAGCUCCAGCAUAAACAUCCAGACUGGAGACGGAGGCCGACCAAUCAGGAAGCGGCCCACAGCUGGAUCACGCCUGUAGAGAACGUCCCAGAUGUUCCUCAGCUGGACGUUCCGUCAGCAGGAGCUUCAGCUGCUGGUGGUUCUGCUUCCUGAUUGGAGCGGGACAGCAGAACGGUUCUGGACCCAGCACCUCCAGAGAAGGUCUUCUCACAGAGAGAAGCUUCAUCAUAGUCUGACGGACCUCCUUAGAGUCCGGCAGGAGCUGAAGCUGCUGAUCAGGAACCGGAUCAGAACACCUUUCUGGUCCAUCACGGUGCUUUAGACGGAGAACUGAAGGUUCUGCAGCACCAGAACAUCUGGGUUUUCAGGCUGAUGAAGGACCUUCAGAGUAGAUGAUUCCAGACACUGAAGCAGGAGCUGUGGCCCGGUUUCAUCACCUGAAGCUCAGGAACCGCUGCGCCUUCGUCCAGAAGAAGGUUCUGAUGGUGACCGAGCCGUGUGGGUCCCAGAGGCGGGCCGUGAAGGACCAGAGUCCGUGUGGCGCCGGGUCGCCGGGCUGCCAGAGGAUCACGUACCGGUUGUCCACGCGGCCCACCUUCUGCCAGAAGAAGAAGGUUCUGACCUCCCUGCUGUGGCGCUGCUGUCCGGGUCACAGAGGUCCAAACUGCCACGAAGACGACCCGGCUGGACCCGGGCUGCAGCAGCAUGCCGACCCGAACCGAGAGCAGAACGACUACCAGACGUCCUUCAGCGCCGCGUACGACCCGAACGACCCGGCCCGGCCCGACCAGAACCCAGAACACCGGCCCGGUUACCACCGUCCUCCAGUUUACCAUCAUCAGGGGCAGAACCCGGGACCGCUGCAGCCAGCCUCAGAGGAAACCUUUGCUCUUUACCAAGACGUCCCUGCAGCGCUCCCCGUCCCAGAAAUGAUGGCGCUGGUUCUGUCUCAGCUGCAGCCCAUCCUGGAGGCCUUCAACCGCUCGCUGGAGCAGCUCCACCUGCGGGUGGGGGGGCUGGCUGGAGACGUGGCCGACCUGAGGAGCCGCCCGCAGGAGGCAGGGCUGCAGCUGGGCGGACUGGAGGAGGCCGUUCAGCAGGCGGGGGACAUCAGGAGGCAGAUGGAGGAACAGCGCAGGAACAUGGAGAACCUGCUGCAGCUCCACCUCAGCAGCUUCAGGGUGGAUGUGGACCAGAAGCUGAAGCAGCAGCAGACGAUGCUGCAGGCCAGGCUGCUGGGGGCCAGAAACACCACCCAGGCUGGAGAACAUCUGGACCAGGCCAGGCUGGGGGCCAGAAACACCACCCAGGCUGGAGAACAUCUGGACCAGGCCAGGCUGGGGGCCAGAGACACCAACCAGGCUGGAGAACAUCUGGACCAGGCCAGGCUGGGGGCCAGAAACACCACCCAGGCUGGAGAACAUCUGGACCAGGAUCAGACACCUGAGGACCAGCCGGAGCUCCACCCCCACCACCCGGCAGACAACACGGCGCUGUGGGAGGCCAUCAGACGGCUGGACAUCAUGGUGGUCAACAACACGGUGAAGGUAGACGAGCUGACGGAGGAGGCGGAGGUGUCUUCAGCCGAGGUGGAGCGGCUGACACUGCGGCUGAAGGAUCUGGACCAGCAGAUCAACCAGACGGCCCGCACCAGCCGUGUUCUGUUCAUGGAGACGGGUCUGGAGGUGGAGCGGUCCACGGUGACGGUGCUGCGGCGGGUGGAGCAGCUGGAGAGCCGCGUGGAGCAGCAGGAGGAGCGUCUGCAGGAGAACGAGAAGGACGUGGACCACCUGUACGCCGACUGCAACUGUGGGGAGCUGAAGGCCGCCGUGGCCCGCCUGGAGAGGGGCGUGGCCACCGCCACCCAGCUGGCCAAUGAGAACAGACUCACCCUGAGGGAGAGCAGCGAGGUGGGCGGAGCUACGAGGGGCGGAGCCACGAGGGGCGGAGCCACGAGGGGCGGAGCCACGAGGGGCGGAGCCACGAGGGGCGGAGCCAGGGACUGGGAGCCGGAGGUGGAGGAGCUGCAGAGGGGUCUCCAGCAGGUGGAGGAGUCUCUGGCCUCGGAGCAGAACCGAACCAGAACCACGGCCCACAGGCUGGCCCAGCUCGGCAGCGCCGUCUCAGCUCUGCAGGAGGCGGAGGUCCUGCAGGAGAACCAGGCGGAGAUGCUGACGCUGUCCUUCCGCUCGCUGCUGCAGGACGCCAUCCGCCACAGCGACGUGCUGCAGCUCCUGCUGGGCGAGGAGGUGCUGGAGUUCCUGGAGUGGCCCGUCCAGGACCAGGAGGCCCACUCCAUCCCCGCCCUGAAGGAGCAGGUCAGGGAGCUGCAGGAGCAGCUGAGGAGCCGGCAGGAGGCGAGGAGGCUGCAGGAGCGAGGAGCAGGAGGCCAGGAGGAGGAGGAGGUGCCCUCUGCUGACCAGCCCGCCCCGCCCCGCUGGCCCCCCGCUGGCUCCGGGAGGCCCGGCGGAGGAGCUCCGGCCAGGGAGACCCCGCUCCUCCUCCUCCACCCGGAGCUGGAGCAGCGCGCCGGGGACGGCAGCGACCUGUGGAAGCUGGAGAAGAAGGUGGAGCAGCUGCAGCAGAGGGUGCUCCUGCUGGAGGAGAGGUCCUGCUCCUGCAACGGCACGCCGGCGGAGGGCGGAGCGCCCCCUGCCGGCCUGGACCUGCAGCUGCGGUGGCUGCAGAGAGGCCUGGAGGAACACCUGCGAGUCUUCAAGAGCGUCUUCAGCAACGCCGACACGGUGGCGGCGUCUGGAGACGCGCUGGAGCUGGACCAGCUGCAGGAGGUGCUGAGGAGGAGGGGCCGGAAGCGAGGAGGAGGAGGAGGAGGAGGAGGAGGAAGAGGAGGAGGAAGAGGAGGAGGAAGAGGAGGAGGAGGACACCGCAGCAGGAGGGCGUCAGCAGGUGCGCCUUUCCCGUCCAGCCAAUCAGGAGUCUCUCUGCUGUUUGUGGGCGGAGCUCCUCGGAGCGCCGCCGACGGUACCGUCACGUUCAGCCCGUCCCUGAACCGGGACCGGUUCUAUUCCGACACCGGGGUCUUCACGGCUCCUGCGGACGGGCUCUACCUGUUCAUCCUGACGCUGCACCUGAGGCCAGGCUCCGCCCACGUGGCCCUGCGGCGCGUGGAGGAGAGGGGCGGAGCUCCAGCGGCUCUGCAGGUGGAGGGGGCGGGGCCUUGGAGCAGGGUGGGCCUGCUGCUCCUCAGGGAGGGGGAGGAGCUGAGGCUGGAGGUGAGGGGGGAGUGGGCGGAGUCAGAGAGCAGCCAGCUGGCGGUGCUGCAGCUGCGCACCACCUGAGGGCUGUGAACCAAUCAGCUGCAGCCAGGGGCGGAGCCUCAAGGGAUCUUUGCACCUUAGAGACUGAAGAGCGUCCUGAACGUUUGGACUUCAGAACCUCAACAGAACCGGCAGGUCCACCUGCUGCUGCAGGAGCCUCCUCCAUGGUUUCUCCUGCAGCACCUGAACGCACCGCGGUGAUGUUUAACCUUCUCCUCCAUGGUUUCUCCUGCAGCACCUGAACGCACCGCGGUGAUGUUUAACCUUCUGCAUCUUUACUGAGAAGCUUUUAUUUCCUGUUUUUAUAAAAACUAGGUCAGAACUCCUCAGAACCCGACCGGUCCGAUCCAGAACCCACCUGCUAAGGAUGUUGACAUGUAUUCCUCACAGACUAAAUAUUACUCCUUCACCAGCAGGAGGCGCUGCUGCAGCAGAACCCAGGGGAUCUGGACCCGGUUCCCCUGAAGGUUCUGGUGCUGCUCAGUGGCUUCAUGUUGAUUAACUAAAUGAUGUGAAUGUAAACUUCUGUAAAACAUUUAAAUAAAGAUUAUAUGUGUGUAAACCAUCUUCUAAUUGGACCCACAGAACCGGGCCCGGUUCUGUUGAGUGUACCAGCGUUCCGUCACUGUAACGGUGCAAUACUAGAUGUCCUGGAGAACCGGACCUGCUCACCAAACCUAGCAGAACCUGGAACCAGAACUGGUUCUAAGGGCCAAAUGUUCUGAAGAACCCAGCAUAGAAACAGAACCAGAACCAGAUUCUGCUGGACUGAAGCCCAGCAGCACCGGUGUCACUCUGUGGGAGGAUUCUCCCACCAGGGCUGCCAGGAGGUUCUGGUUCCAGACCCACUAAAGCCAGAACCUGCAGCAGAACCAACCUGAGGUACCAGAAGCGGGCCCGGUUGGGUCGGGUCGGGUCAGAGAAGAGAGGAGGCGUGGUUCUUGGUCUAGAAGCUUUAUUGAUAACUGUUUACAUCUCACAGAGCAUUCCACAGAACCAGCACAGGUGAAGAAUGAAGUCGCUCACAAUCAGAACACAGACGCCCAGCGGUACCGGCUCACCGGCCCACCGGGCCCAGGCCCGGUUCGGCGUUAAAUAAUCGGCUGGGCGGAGACGGCGGGGAUGACGAUGAUGAGCUAACGAGGUUAACGAGCUCUACGUGGUUCUAGCUACAGCUACUGAGAAGCGAUGAAGAUUUAGUACUAGCCUCCUCCUCCUCUUCCUCCUCUUCCUCCUCCAGGGGUCCGAGGCCCGUCUGGCAGCAGCCGGCAGAACCGUCAGAAGAUCUGGGCUCCAGAACCAGACGCGCCGCCUGACCCUGGUGGAGCGGCUCCGCCCUCCUGCGGUACGCUGAGGGCGAGGGGGGCGGGGCUUAACGUGCCUCUGGGACUCUGAUUGGCUCACAGAAACGUAAAUAAACGGAUCAUCGUCAUCAAACCGACCGGACCUUCCCCAGAACCACAAAAUAAGGAAUUCUGAACUGGAAAAAAAAAAA